AGGGGAAAGAGAGAGGACAAGCUCCCAGCAGUGCGCGCUGACGACAGCAGGUGAUUUUUUUCUGCAGCGGUCUUUCUCUCAGCAUCUUUCCUGGAUUUUCCCCCUCCCUCGCAGAGCGGCAGGAAAGGGUGGGGCCGCGUCUCUGCAGCAGAGGCGCCGGCGACAGCGGCUGCAGCAUCGCCGCCUGCCGCGGCCGAGGCAGCAGUGCUCGGUCUCCGCUGGAGGUGACGGCCUCCAAGCCCUGCUAGGUGGACGGCUACACCUGGACACCCGCAGGAAGGAGAAUCGAGCCGAGUCCACCGACCUCGCAGCCACACCGCCCAGCCCUUCCUCUGCGCCAUGGCUUAACCCCCGGCCACCUCGCCUCGCUUCGCCUCGCCACGCCACGCUCGGCCGGGGUCUGCGAGCGCCACAGCGCAGGGAGGGGCGAGUCCCAGGCGCCCUCGCCAGGGACUCCGGGACGCCGUUCCUCUCGCCCUUCGCCCGCAGGAGCCGCGCCUUAGAAGGCGUUUGCAGCCGGUAAACCAGGGACUUUACAGACUAUCUCAGUGUUAGCUUACCUCGGGUGUGCUCGGAGGGAGCAGGACCAGGUUACAGAAGGAUCGGGAGAGAAAGCAGUGGGGAUCGUACUGGCGGGUAGGGGCCAAGGGUAGAAGCAAGACUAAAAACCUGCUUUUUAGUACCACAUAAAGAGAGGGCCAGCUUUGCAUCUAGCAUCAUGGCGUGGCCGUGCAUUACCCGGGCCUGCUGCAUCGCCCGCUUCUGGAACCAGCUGGACAAGGCAGACAUCGCCGUGCCGCUGGUAUUCACCAAGUAUUCGGAGGCCACCGAGCACCCGGGCGCCCCACCACAGCCCCUACCUUCAUCCCAGCAGGCGCAGCCAGCGCGAGCGGUCGCCAUAGAGACACAGCCAGUCCAGGGCGGGUUAGAUACAGUUGCCCGAGCAACGGGGCCGGCGCCAGGGCCCAGCGGCGAGCGGGAGGCUGUGGCCGCGCCCAGCCGGAGCGCGCAGGGGCUGAGCGCUGGCUCCGGCUCCACUUCCGGGUCGGGCCCAGCGGACUCGGUGAUGCGGCAGGACUACCGCGCCUGGAAAGUGCAGCGACCCGAACCCAGCUGCCGGCCGCGCAGCGAGUACCAGCCUUCGGACGCGCCCUUUGAGCGUGAGACCCAGUACCAGAAGGACUUCCGCGCCUGGCCGCUGCCGCGCCGCGGGGAUCACCCGUGGAUCCCCAAGCCGGUACAGAUCCCCGCGCCCUCUCAGGCGUCCGCGCCUAUUUUCGGAGCGCCUAAGCGCCGGCCCCAGAGCCAGGAGCGCUGGCCGAUGCAGGCUGCUGCUGAGGCCUCAGAGCUGGAGGCGCCCAGAGAAGCCGGGGUCCAGGCUGCAGGAAAGGCAUCGGGCGCAGAUGACCGCGACACACGCAGAAAGGCUGGGCCGGCCUGGAUGGUUCGUCGCUCCGAGGGCCACGAGCAGAUGCCAGUACCUCCUGCCCCGGCCCAGGUGGGAGCUGGUGGCCCGGCGGCUGGAAAGGCAUCGGGUGCAGAUGAGCGCGACACACGCAGAAGGGCCGGGCCCGCCUGGAUGGUGCAUCGCUCGGAGGGCCACGAGCAGACGCCCUUGCCCACAGCCCAGGCCCAGGCCACGGAGGGUGGCAAGGGGCGUGCGGCGGCAGACGCCCUCAACCGGCAGAUACGCGAGGAGGUGACGAGUGCGGUGAGCAGCUCCUACAGGAAUGAAUUCCGAGCAUGGACGGACAUUAAGCCUGUGAAACCAAUAAAAGCCAAGCCCCAGUACAAGCCCCCAGAUGACAAGAUGGCUCAUGAGACCAGCUACAGCGCCCAGUUCAAAGGGGAGGCAAAUAAGCCAACCGCAGCUGACAAUAAGGUCAUUGAUCGCAGAAGAAUACGCAGCCUCUAUAGCGAACCUUUCAAGGAACCUCCAAAGGUGGAGAAACCUAGUGUUCAGAGUUCCAAACCAAAAAAGACCUCAGCGAGCCAUAAGCCCCUGCGGAAGGCCAAAGACAAGCAGGUGGUGUCGGGCCAGGCUGCCAAGAAAAAGAGCGUGGAGGGCCCCAGUGCCACCAAACCUGAUGCAAAGGAGCAAAGUAAAGAGAUGAACAAUAAACUGGCUGAGGCUAAAGAGAGCCCGGUCCAACCCACUGACGAUUCCUGUAAGAAUAAAGCUCUCGUAACCACAGAGCUGGACAAGGAUAAAGGUCCUGUGGUCUCAGGGCUUCUGAAAGGCCAAAGUCCUGUGGUCCCAGAGGCUCCAGAGGAUCGAAGCCCCAAAGUACUGGGACUUCCAAAGGAUCAAGGUCCUCUGGUUCCAGGGCCUCCAAAGGAUCAAGGUCCUGUGGUCCCAGGGCCUCUAAAGGAUCAAGUUCCUGCGACCUCAGGGCCUCCAAAGGAUCAAGGUCCUGUGGUCCCAGGGCCUCCAAAGGAUCAAGGUCCUGUGGUCCCAGGGCCUCCAAAGGAUCAAGUUCCUGUGGUCCCAGGGCCUCCAAAGGAUCAAGUUCCUGUGGUCCCAGGGCCUCCAAAGGAUCAAGUUCCUGUGGUCCCAGGGCCUCCAAAGGAUCAAGUUCCUGUGGUCCCAGGGUCUCCAAAGGAUCAAGGUCCUCUGGUUCCGGGGCCUUCAAAGGAUCAAGGUCCUGUGGUCCCAGGGCCUCCAAAGGAUCAAGGUCCUGUGGUCCCAGGGCCUCCAAAGGAUCACAGUCCAGUGGUCCUGGUACCAAUCAAGGAUAAAGAUCACAUGGUCCCUGAGCUUUUAAAGAAUGAAGGUUCUGUUAUCUCAGUACCAGCCAAGGACCAAGGUCCCUUGGUCCCCGAUCCUCUAAAGAAUCAAAGUCCUGUGGUUCCAAUAAGACUUAAAGAUCAAGGUCCUGUGGUAACAGCACUCCCAAAGGAUCAAGGUCCUGUGGUCUUAACACCUGUCAAGGAUCAAGAUUCCAUGGUCUCAGCUUCUGACAAAGACGGAGGUCGCAUGGUCCCAGAGUAUUGGAAGGAUCAAAGUGCCAUGGUCAUAGCACCUGUAAAGAAUCAAGGUCCUGCGGUCCCUGAGUCUAUAAAGAACAAAGACCCCAUCAUCCCAGCAGUAUCCAAGGAUCAAGGUCACAUGAUCUUCGAACCUCCAAAGAAUCAAGGUCCCGUAACCCCUGUGCCUCUGAAGGAUCAAGAUCCUCUGGUGCCAGCACCAGCAAAAGACCAAGGUCCCGUGGUUCCUGAACCUCUGAAGACUCAAGGUUCCAGGGUCCCUAAACUGCCCACUGUCUCACCUCCACCCCCAGUCAUGAUCCCAACUGUCCCUCAUGGGGAGUAUAUUGAGGGGUCUCCUUGACAUGCGCCUCUUGACAUGCCAUUGAAGGAGCUGGCCGUGAAAGUGCACCCCUCCCAGGGGCAGUAAAGACACAUAUUUAAUCUGCAUGAAACACGUGCUGUGUAGCCUUGUUGGAGUCUAAUAAAACUGGUCCCUGGCUCA